AUGUUUGGAGCGGCUGAAUCUGGUAAUGAUAAAGUAUCAUUCAAAUUUAAAGUUCCGGCUAAAUUAAUACGAACGCAACGAUCGAUAUAUACCCCACCAUUCGCUACGACACAAAACAUGUUUUGGCAAUUAAAAUUUCAUCCGGAAAGUAAAGAUCAUAGAGAAUUUUGCGCACUUUGGCUAAUAGCCUUACCAAACCCAUUGGAAAAAUAUUCAUCAGAAAAUUGGUCAGAUAGAUCGGAAUAUUCCGUCACAUAUUUCAUGAAAAAUCCUAAUGAAAAAUUGAAUUUUGGAAAAUUAGAAAAUUAUAAUGCCAGAUCACCCGUUUGGGGUUUUACGAAAUUUUGUAAGAAGGAACGAUUACCAAGAGAAGGUGAAAUAACUAUUGGGGUUAGAUUUAACAAAGUAAAGUAUGAGAUCGAAAAGAUUGCCACCCCUCUCCCUUCUCAACCACUUCCUCAAGAUUUAUUAAAAGCUUGGAAAUCGGAAUUGGAUCAACCCGAAAUUUCUGAUGUUCAAUUUAAUUUCAAGGAGGGAACUUUAUACGCUAGAAGUACGAUAUUAAUUGAACGUUCGGAAUAUUUCAGGUGCAUGUUUCAACAAGAUAAAUGGUCCGAAUCAAAAUUUACGACAAAAUCUUUGAUAUCGUCAUCGAUGCAAAUAACGCAAGCCAAAUCUUGUAAUUCAACGAAACGAUCGUGGAAUCUUCUUGAUGUCUCAUUUGGUAGAAUGAAAAAAGUUGAGGAUUUGUUUUCCAUAUAUCGUAAGAUGAAACCACAACCGAUGACAACCAUAACGUCAUCAAGUGGAACCACCUGUACGAUAGUGUAUGAAAGUGAAAAUUCAAACUCCAUAAAUGUUCCAAAGAAAUAUUUGGUAAACGUAAUUGAUUUUCAUCUCGACACAUUUAAAUCCAUGUUAAAGUUUCUAUACACGAAUCAAAUAGAAUUUUACUCGAACUCAUUACACAGACGACCGAUAGAUGUAUUUGUAAUGGCAGAUAAAUAUUUAAUAACCGAAUUAAGGGAUCGUGCCAAAUCUAAAAUCUUGAAGGAUUUAAAACCCGAUAGUGCCGCCGAACUGUUAUUUAGCACAGAGUGGUUAUGGUCCGAUGUGAAAGAUAUGAUUAUGAGUUAUGUUGUAAGGAAGUGGGAAGUGGUUAGGGAAACCGACAAAUUUAGAGAAAUAUUGGAGAAACCUCAAUCUUAUCCUAAUUCUAAAGAACUCGUUGAAGAAAUUCUUGAAAAGGUUAGAAAGAAUGACGAGGAAAAAAAAAAGCUUCUAGACGUGGUUGCUGUCGAGUAA